AUGCGUAACCCUAGACUUUCAACUCAAUUUACCGGGACAACUCACCAAAAUGCAAUUGUACAUGGGACAAAUGUACCGGAUUUCGUCCCAGCUAAGCGAGUUGUUCUCGGUUGUCAACUUUCGCUAUAGAAGCAGCGGUAUCUAACGUUAGUGGGGAAAAACAGUUUUUUCCCACUAACGUUAGUUACUGCAACUCAAAUAGAUAAGCUCAAAAUAUUUUUAGACAUUUUAUAUUAGUAUAGUAAGUUGUAGAUAUAUUAGACUAAGUUGUAGAUAUAUUAUAUUUAUAUAUAUAUAGAUUUUGGAUUCUCUAGAUGUAAAUGUAAAGUAAUUCACCAAUUGGUGCCAUUUUACAUAAUAAUAAACCAUCAUUAUAUUAUUAUUAUUAUUAUUAUCUGUAAAAUUGUCCCACAUCAGCAUACCCCUAAUACUAAACAAAAAAAUAUAGCUGAAUUUUUCAACCUGCUGGAUACGCCAGCAUGUUUCCGAAACGCGAUAAUUGGGGGGAGGGGGGGUGUAUAUAGUCGUAUAUUCAUGCUCACAUACCGUAAAAAAAAUCGCUUUCAAAAGAAAUCCGUCAGGCAGAACACGAGUAUAUGAAUAUACCACCCCCUCAAUUAUCGCGCUAGGAACGGCCCUGCCUCGAUCACAUUCUAUAUGCUGGUAGUGGUUUAAUUUUGUGCUUAAAUUGUAGGUGUAUAUCACGCAGCAAGAGAACUUGGAAUAGAAUGGGGUGUUAUUAAAGCAGCGUCAGAUCGUGCAGAUGGAACUCAAGCGAAGACAGAUGCGUGGCAGAAAUUUGGUAGUGAAAUGGCGGCAUCUGUCGUACAUCACAUGCACAAGACCCUCUUGUGCUCAAAGACUGGCCUCACUGCGAAGAUGCAAAAGGUAUAGUAAGGUUGUCUGAUAUUUAUAGAGAGUAGACAUUAGAAUCAUGAAUAUUCUGAUCAAAUAAGUAAGAGAACCUAUUUACCCUGACCUGGAAAAUAGUAGGUUCUUAUACGCGGGAUUUUACUGUAUUUACAAAAAAUAGUAAAUUUAACAAAACGGCUUGUGGUGUUUAGUAUUGUUGAGUAACUGGAUACUUCGGAAUUGGAAUAAAUACUUUGUUAUCUUCAUAACUAACGCCUGUACUCUAAAAGCUCACUCACACUCAAUGAGUGGAGGUUCAAUCUGAGCUUCCCUCGAGUGUCAAUGCUGUUUCUGAAUAGUUGGAGGGUUAGAGCCGUACCGUACUAUGGGAUUACAAAUAUCAAAAUUUGUUAUACGUUGGAAAGUUUGAUAUACGUUGGUGUAUUGAUGUCUCUAAAGGUGAAGAUACUAUCAACAAGUCGUUUGAAUACGAGGUCGGGCGUCUUGGUGUAUCGUAUGACAAGUUGUUUCAAACCAUUAAAGAAAGAGCUGAAAGAAAAGAUAUAAUCUUUUUGUUAGACAACGUAGAGAUGAAUUUGAUUCAAAAAUCUAAAUGGUUUCAACUGUUGUUUGACAUCCGAGAAUCAGUUUAUAUAAUCAUCACAACAAAUAGCGAUCCUUCAGAUUUCGACAACCUUAAAGAUGCAGAGAAAUUUCCAGUAGGAAAACUUGAUGAUGCUUUAGAGUUUCUUAAGGAAACUUUUGACGACAGUGAAGAAGAUCUGGCAAAGGUUUGUGAGGAAUUUGAUUGGAAUAUUCUGGGUCUGACAGUUGCACGAGAAUACAUGAAGAAGAACAAGUUAACUGCCUGCGAGUAUCUGCAAAGGCUGUGUAAUAGUAAGGAAGCAAGAAAGUAUUAAGGCGUUUCAGGUGAACAUCCAACUUUACGAGAGUAUACGUUUGUGUUUAGACGAUGUUCGUGAUGAUGAUGCAUUUGACGCGAUUGCUACUAUGUCAUUUAUCUCCAAUAACAGGAUUCCAGGAUUUCUUCUGAGUAAUCAACUAUCAUCAAAUGAAGAGGACUAUUUCGAGAAUGAAGCACGUUUAGAUCAAAUACGAGACCAGCCGAAGUCACUUGUUGAUAUCACAAAAGAAUUUGGUAUUCGGUUCUAUACUGUCCAUCCUUUUACCCGGCUUGUGAUCAGAGACGUGAUCAAUGAAAAGAAAGACGGAGGAAGAGAAAAGAAAGAAGGAGACGGCGAAAAGAAAGAUGGAGACUGCGAAAAGACCGAUGAAAAGAAAAGAUCAACAAAAAGAGAUCUACUGGACAAAUUGGCCAAAACAUUCGUCGUGAAAAAGUUUCGUGAUCGCGCCGUGACGCGAGGGCGCGCGUUUGGCCAGUCCAUAAUAAAUGCGGAUUUCUUUUACGCUUUUGAUACGCUUUUGAUUGAUACAGGUCAGCCAGGGUUGCCGCAAGGCUUUGGUCAAGGGUCAAAUCUUCAUCCAGUUCAAGGCAUCGUUCAUAAAACUGAAUUGCACCAUCAAGAUUCCCUCUUUCGCAUGCCAUCAGCCAUCCCAACGAGCGGAAAAUGUAAUAUUGAUUCGCAAAAGAAUAUCCUGCAAGGGUUGCGCAUUGAGCAUGAAAGGGCUUGUCCAGAAAUCCCACUUUAG